GUCAGCCUGCACAGUCUGGGGAAAUACUAACUGCCGCUAGACAGGCGCUCCGGCAAGCCCCUGAGAGAGACCCUGUACGCUGCUGAGGGACAUAAAGAUGGACGACAAUCUCACUACAUUCUCUCCGGCCCCUCCAGGCAGCAACUGUGACCUCUACGAGCACCGCAGCACAGCCAGGGUGCUGAUGCCCCUGCACUACAGCAUUGUCUUCGUGGUUGGGCUCGUGGGGAACAUGUUAGCUUUGGUUGUCAUCUUCCAAAACAGGAAAAAGAUCAACUCUACCACCCUAUAUUCAACAAACCUGGUGAUUUCUGACAUACUGUUUACCACCGCCUUGCCGACACGCAUAGCCUACUACGCACUGGGCUUCGACUGGAAACUGGGCGAGGCUCUGUGUAGGGUAACUGCUCUCCUGUUCUACAUCAAUACGUAUGCGGGUGUGAACUUCAUGACCUGCCUGAGCAUCGACCGCUUCUUUGCAGUGGUGCACCCUCUGCGGUACAACAAGAUAAAAAGAAUUGAACAUGCAAAAUGCAUUUGCAUUAUUGUAUGGAUUCUUGUAUUUGCUCAAACCCUCCCACUACUGAUAAAACCUAUGUCGAAGCUGGAGGAGGAAAGGACUACAUGCAUGGAAUAUCCAAACUUUGAAGAAACAAAAGGGCUUCCCUGGAUUCUGCUUGGUGCCUGUUUCAUUGGGUACGUGCUACCGCUCAUCAUCAUUCUCAUCUGCUAUUCACAAAUCUGCUGCAAACUCUUUAAAACUGCCAAACAAAACCCGCUAACUGAGAAAUCUGGUGUAAACAAAAAGGCUCUCAACACGAUUGUUUUGAUCAUUGUGGUGUUUGUCCUCUGUUUCACCCCUUACCAUAUGGCAAUCAUUCAACACAUGAUAAAGAAGCUUAUUUUUCCUGAUGUCCUGGAGUGCAGCCAAAGACAGUCAUUCCAGAUUUCUCUGCAUGUCACAGUAUGCCUGAUGAACUUCAACUGCUGCAUGGACCCCUUUAUAUACUUCUUUGCAUGCAAAGGGUACAAGAGAAAGGUGAUGAAGAUGCUGAAACGUCAAGUCAGCGUGUCAAUUUCCAGUGCCGUAAAGUCAGUCCCUGAAGAAAACUCUCGGGAAAUGACAGAAACUCAAAUGAUGAUACAUAACAAGUCUUUAAACGGAAAGUAAAAAGCGAACUUUUGGAUCUAUAGCCAAAGAAAUUGUAUGAGCCACUUUGCAGGAUCUUUUACAAGGCGAAAUGAUUGUCCAACUUCCAAGUUGGAGUCUUUUAAAUUCUUUUCAUGGGGCACGUUCUCAUCGCUAACUUGGAUGUAAAGUGACAAGUAUGUAUUUUUUACACUCUAGGACAGCAAAAAGCAAAGUUCUAAUUUGUAAAGAGCCACCAAAAGGGUGGUUAAAUAACUCAGUGCAGAAAGAAAAGGUUUGUGUUGCUGAAAAAUUUAAUCAUUACAAUUUCCUGCCAGUGAGUCGGCAAGAGAAAAGACUGAUAAGAUUGUAUAUUACCAGUGUAAAAAUGUUAAUACUGUAACAUAGUUGCGGGGUUUUUUUUUGGGGGGGUAAUGUAUUUCUUCAAUCUAUGUUUCUUUUACUCUUAGACUUUAUCUCCUCAACACCAGCUUGUUUUAUUUUGUUCUGAGUCAUCAAAUUUUGUUUCAAGCAACUCUUUGAAUAAAGAGCAGGAUGCUACAAAAUUCUGAGUAUGUCCCUGAAUGUUCACUGUCAACUAGCAGCAGAAGUUACAGGAGAAUAUAAUUAGCACGUGGAUUUGGAG